CAUGCGCACAGUAGAGCUCUGCACCUCGUCGGAGUGACGGCUCUUCGUCUGUAGACGAUCUUUGAGCUCCACCAUCCUCUCGGCGUGCGGAAGCAUGAUGAGCUUUCAGCCAUUUUAGCGUAUUUUUUUUUAGCACAACUAGCUUCUUUUUUUCUGAGGCACAACUAGCUUCAAUUCUAUUUAGCUCAAGUCUGGUCGCCGUCACUUUCCGCGUGAGCGGCAGGCGCGUGAGACCUCGCCUCGUGUUUGUGUGGUCGCGGUGACGCGCUCAGCACGUGCACGCCAGGGCAACCGAAACUGAAGUGUACACCUGACACACUGCAGGGCAUCAUGGGUAAUGUAGUCCUGUGUAUGUGUACGUGUAUGUGUGCAUCCAUCCGUCCCUGCAGUUAAGUGUCAUGGGAAGUUUGACACUUACAAGACUGCCGAGCGACAAGCAGAUCCUGUGACGAAGACACACACGCACACACUGUUGGGAUGGACCAACGCUUCAGCCUGAAUACACUGAAGAAGAUGGCGGCAGAAGCCGACUACACGGAUGUGUCGCUCACCGCCCCAGAGCGCGUACGAGCGCUCGCCAAGAUGGGUGCCAAUGUUGAGAUCAACGAGGAUGUGGAGCCGUGGCGUUACUUCCGCUCUGGCGUGGAGAUGGAGCGCAUGGCCGCCAUUUACCUGGAAGAGGGAAGCCUGGAGAACGCCUACGUCCUCUACACCAAGUUCAUCACCUUGUUUGUGGAGAAGUUGCCGGCCCACAAGGACUACCAGCAGUGUCGCGUUCCAGAGAAGCAGCUCGUCAUGCAGAAACUCCAGGAAGUGGCGUUUUCCCGCAAGGAUGAACUGCGAAAACGAUUGGAGGAGAAGUACAGCAGAGAACACGCCCACUUCCUGCAAGUCCAGAAGCAAGCGGAGGCCGAGAGUGGGCGGGACCAGCCGCCGCAGCACCUCCCCGUAUUGGACGGGGACAGGAGGCGUGUCCUGUUGCUGGAGUCGGAGAGGCAGCGCGUGGCCGCCAUGCGACGCAUGCAGAUUGAAUCUGAACAGUUUCGUUACUUCGAGGAGCAGCUGAGGCGCCAGGAAGUGGACAGUAGGAGAGGAGAGGGGGCGGAGCAUAAGGUUCCGGAAGUGACAGACGGCUCCUGUUGGUCUCGGCAAUCAAUCAGUGAUGGCGCACGAUCGCAGCGGGCGGGGCCCAACAGGAACAGGCCGCCGCCUCCCGUCACCCAAUCAGCCGCCGCACUGGCCGCUGUGCACAGUGAGAGGGCAGAGCUUCUGAGGCGGAUGGUGAUUCCUAAGGACUUGACCUCUCGUUUCCUUCUGCUGGCCGACUCCAACUCCGCCCACGGGAACGAAACCUGCGGCGUCCUGUGCGGCCGUCUGCAACGCGACCAGUUUGUGGUGACCUUCCUGGUGAUCCCAAAACAGUCGUCCGGUCCCGACUUCUGCGACAUGGAGAACGUGGAGGAGCUGUUUAGCUUCCAGGACCAACAGAACCUGCUGACACUGGGCUGGAUCCACACUCAUCCCACUCAGACGGCGUUCCUGUCCAGCGUGGACCUCCACACGCACGCCGCCUACCAGCUGAUGCUGCCUGAGGCCGUCGCCAUCGUCUGUGCUCCCAAACACAAUGACGUUGGUGUGUUUAGGCUUACCUGUGCGGGAAUGUCGGAGGUUUCGAGCUGCCGCCUCAAAGGUUUCCAUCCUCACUCCAAAGAGCCGCCCCUUUUCUCGGUGUGUGAGCAUGUGCAGGUGAGGGACUCUACCAUCAAUGUUCUGGACCUCAGGUGACACAGGUGACAGGUUGGUCUAGGUCCCCUAGAGGCAGGAGGACUAACUUGCAUUUAUGUGCUCUUGCUAGCUAAGCAUUUUGCUAAUAAAUUCAUAUGUGGCUUGAACUGCUUGAUGACUUGUUGCUGUUGCCGUGGCAACAAGAGUGAAACACACCAACACACACUUUUUGUGUCUUGAAAGCUUUUAAUUGUUGCCUUUCAUCUUUAUCAGCCAAAAUAAAAAAAGAUAACUU